UUGAGCUUAAUGUUAUGCAAGAAUAUUUGACCUUAUCAUUUCUGGUUUAAUUUGAGAAAGUAUGAAAGCCAGCCGUUGCCCAAGAGGGUGGCAGACCAGCUGCAUGUGCCUCAAUACUGCACGUGACAUGCCAGCUCGUAACAGCUACAAGCUGCUUGUUAUUUAAAUCUUGUAAGAAAAAACAAAGAGCAUGGGGUCAAGCUGUUCAUGACUGUGAGAAUUCAUGCAUGCAAAUUUCAUUCUGCUCGGUUUGUUCGAAUUCUCAGAAAAAUAAAGAAGCAGCGUCACAGUUAUCGGUACAAAUGUGCACAGCUGCUAGUGUAUAUGUGUAAACGUAAUGGCUGUAUAUAACACAUAUCUGCAAAUUGAUCAGAGCAAGUAUGUUUUUCUGUCUACUCGCUAACACGAGCAACAGGCUGGGUUCAGAGCAAUAUUUAACGUCAAAGCGAAGUUCGAAAGGAUCAACAUGGGGCCACACUUGAAACAUAUGAAUAUAACACUUACUAUUAGGGGCCAUUCAUCAGCAUUAGGUUGGAAAGCCAAGUUGCGAGAACCUGUCUAUGUACACCAUGGGCCUUACCUGACCCGUCGAGCUGAGGUUUUGAUAGUUCGUUUAGUACGGUUGAUAUCGCACGCUUUCGAUUCCAUCACUCUCGCCGCUGAUGCGAAGAUACUGCUCCAGGCGAGCAGGCCCAGUGAUGUUAUUUGGAAGGCAGAGCGCCGUAAUGCACGAGAAAGGUAUAAUCCGGCAUGACUGACUCAGCACGAGCACCACAGGCGCGAGAAAGCCUGUCCGACGUACCGCGUUCGUGCAAGAAUAAUUAUGUCACACCAACGAGGAAUUUACCGUUACAUAUACUUAUUUACCGCUUGCGUCUAGACUAGAAUAGCGCUACGUCACUGGUCCCUGCCUUUCCUUCUACACUUUUUCCUUCCUUCCUUAAAGAAACGUGAUAUAGGAAAUUUGUCUUAACCUCGUCGGUUUGUCAAGCAUAUUCACAGUAAAAUAGGGCAUGCGAACAAAGUUAUUGCAGCUGCUAGAAUGCUCCUCCAAGACGAAGUACGUACUGUACACACGGAUCACUUUAUGACGACGAAGCGAGAGUGAAGCUAAGGACAUCAAAUUACCUAUUCUGGCAAUAACCAAUUAUGUAAACAAAGAAUCUAGCUGAUAAGCGCUUACUACAAGUUACGGAUCCAAGUCUACGAGACAGACACGUAACAGUGAACGGCGUGAACUGUCGCUACUUCCUCCUGCCUCCAGCGGCAUCUCUCCCUUGCGCAUUCGUAGAUGGGUUCAUUCGCCAUUGAACAAGUUGAUUAAGCAAAGCCGGACUGCAACAAAAUACACGAAAAAAAAGUAAUUUUAAAGUAUAGAGCUUUACAAAUAACAUCAAUUUCCGUAAUUUUUGCAAAGAUUAAGUAUUACUGCUAAAAGAAAGCAGAGCACGGUCAAAGAUUGCUAGCACGAAAUAUACGCACAUAUCGGUUUGUCUGCUUAUGCACAUUUUCCCUCAUUUAAUACGUGUUAUUUCUGUUAUACCACAAAAUACAUACAAUACAAGUCACAUUUACAAUGUAUAUUCAGCUUAAAAUAUAGGUAUGACUUCACAAUAUGUAAAGACAAAAAUAAAUGGGUCACCUGUCAUUGUGUUAUAAUUUUCUGACGCGCGUGGCCGUAGCAGACAGCACGAGAGUUUUCUCGACGUUUCUAUAUGAAUCCGACCAAUCGCACAACGGCUCGCAUGACGUCACCACUUCACCUUGUUCUCAUUGGUUGAAAUGAUUCGCGAAGCUUCUGGGCGUUUGUAGAAAAGCGCGCGAACGGUAUAAAUUGUGCGCCGACGGUGCUCCCGCCAGACUUCUGUGACUCGAAUCACGAGAGCAAUAGUUCUGAAGCAGAACGCAACUGACACAAAACACUCAUCAUGCCUAGCCGCAUGCAAUCAGACGUCCCAGCCAUCGGCAUCGACCUGGGCACCACGUACUCCUGCGUGGGCGUCUUCCAACACGGUCGAGUCGAGAUCAUCGCCAACGAUCAAGGCAAUCGCACGACGCCGAGCUACGUUGCCUUCACGGACACGGAGCGGCUGAUCGGCGAUGCAGCCAAGGCACAGGCGGCCAUGAACCCCGAAAACACGGUGUUCGAUGCCAAGAGGCUGAUCGGGCGCCGCUACGACGACCCCAAGAUCCAAGACGAUAUCCGGCACUGGCCCUUCAAGGUAGAGAACGACGGAGGCAAGCCGAAGAUCAGCGUCGAGUUCAAAGGCGAGCGCAAGCGUUUCAACCCGGAGGAGAUCAGCGCUAUGGUUUUGACCAAGAUGAAGGAGACUGCCGAGGCGUAUCUGGGAAAAAAGGUGAGCGACGCCGUCAUCACGGUGCCAGCUUACUUCAAUGAUUCCCAGAGGCAGGCCACGAAAGAUGCUGGCGCCAUCGCUGGUCUCAACGUGCUGCGUAUCAUCAACGAACCCACGGCAGCGGCGCUGGCCUAUGGCCUCGAUAAGAACUUGCGUGGCGAGAAGAACGUCCUCAUCUUCGAUCUGGGUGGCGGCACCUUCGACGUUUCCGUGCUGACCAUCGACGAGGGCUCCAUGUUCGAAGUGCGCUCCACGGCAGGUGACACGCACCUGGGAGGCGAAGAUUUCGACAACCGGAUGGUGGAGCACUUCGUGCAGGAAUUCAAGCGGAAGUACCGCAAAGAUCUCAGGGUGAACUCUCGAGCUCUUCGAAGACUGCGCACCGCCUGCGAGCGCGCCAAGAGGACGCUGUCGAGCUCUGCCGAAGCGAGCAUCGAGAUCGACGCGCUCUUCGAAGGCAUCGAUUUCUACAGCAAGAUCACCCGCGCCAGGUUCGAGGAGCUUUGCAUGGACCUGUUCCGCAGCACACUUGAACCCGUGGAGCGAGCGCUUCGCGACGCCAAGAUGGACAAGUCGCAGAUCCACGACGUCGUGCUCGUGGGUGGUUCUACUCGAAUCCCCAAGGUGCAGAAGCUGCUCAAGGACUUCUUCAACGGCAAGGAACUCUCCAUGGGCAUCAACCCGGACGAAGCAGUGGCAUACGGUGCCGCGGUGCAGGCAGCUGUGCUGAGCGGCGACUCGAGCGACACCAUCCGCGACGUGCUGCUGGUUGACGUGGCGCCGCUGUCGUUAGGAAUCGAGACGGCAGGCGGGGUCAUGACCCGCAUCGUGGAGCGCAACUCGCGCAUCCCCUGCAAGACGUCCCAGACGUUCACCACGUACUCGGACAACCAACCUGCGGUCACCAUCCAGGUUUACGAAGGUGAACGUGCUCUUACUAAAGACAACCAUCUGUUGGGAACUUUCAACCUGAAUGGCAUUCCACCAGCACCUAGAGGAGUUCCGCAGAUUGAAGUUACUUUCGACAUGGACGCCAACGGCAUCCUGCAGGUCUCGGCCCGAGACAAGAGCACUGGCAAGCAGGAGAGCAUCCGCAUCACCAACGACAAGGGUCGACUCUCCAAGGAGGAUAUCGAACGUAUGCUUGCCGAGGCUGAAAAGUUCAAGCAGGAAGACGAUGCACAGCGUGAGAGGGUGGCUGCCAGGAACUCCCUAGAGUCGUACGUCUAUGGUGUCAAGCAGGCCGCGGAAGAAGCCGGAGAUAAGCUUUCAUCCUCGGAAAAGGACUCGGUGCUGUCCAAGUGUCACGAAACCAUCUCGUGGAUCGACAGCAACAGCCUGGCUGAAAAGGAAGAGUAUGAGCAUCGCCUGAAGGAGCUUCAACAGGCUUGCAUGCCCAUCAUGAACAAGCUGCACCAACCGCAAGGACCGAAGCAUGGGUCAACACCUCACCACGCCGGGCCCACUGUGGAGGAAGUGGACUGAGUCAAGAACAGCACUUAGCUACUUAAUAUGUAAAUAACUUGUGAAUAUCUAGUCAUCAGUUCCUUUUCAUGUGGUGUUUGAGUAAACAGCAUUUUCUGUGGUAAAUCCACGUGAUGCCUUUAUAAUGAACACUUGGCAUUGUACAUAAAACCUUGCACUUUUCUUGUGGUGUCUGAGUAAACAGCAUUUUCUGUGAUAAAAACCAUGUGUGCCUUUUAGAACGAACACCUCUUGCCAUUGUAAUAAAAUCUUGUACUUUUUUGUGGUGUUUCAAUAAACAGCCUUU